AUGCAAUUCUGGGGUUAUGAUACCGAGGUUGGAGAAUUUGGUGCUCAACUUUCUGGUGGUCAGAGGCAGAGGAUUGCGAUCGCUCGAGCGAUAAUACGAGAACCGCGGGUAUUGCUACUCGACGAAGCGACUGCAGCGCUCGAUACAGCAAGUGAAAAGGCAGUGCAAAGUGCUCUCGAAUCAGUCAGCAAGAAUUGUACUUGUAUUUACGUGGCGCAUCGUUUAUCGUCCAUAAGAUCAGUAAACAAAAUCUAUGUAUUAGUUGAUGGUGAAAUUGCUGAACAAGGUACACAUCAGGAACUUAUGGAGGAGAAAGGUUUAUACUACGAAAUGAAUCAAUCAGAAAUUUAA